CCUCUCCAAUAUUAAUCCAUUAAUCAGUUUUGCUUUUUUCCUUGGCUUAUAAUCUUCACAACCUUAUCUGAUUACACACUCACAGUUAGCUGCUCUUCGUCAUCUACAGUGUCACCUUCUUGAUCACCACCUCUCCUCAAUCAACAAGGGCCGGGAUCUGGAUCUGGAUCUGAGUCCGGGUCCGGAAACCCAUGGAGAAUCCGAGGCAAGCUGUACGGGCACCCUCGAAACUAAAACAAUACUCCGUGCCUGCAUGUUUAAGCUUCCUCUUGGUUUGUUUACUUGCUUCCACCCUUCAAGUCUUCUUCUUCUCCCCAAUCUCCCCAGACCCACUUCAACUUCCCCCUCCAUUUUCACCUUCCUCUCUUCCCACCAAUACCCUCUUGCAGGGAGUGAUUAAAAUUGGAGAAGGGUUGGUAGAGGACCCAGAAGAUGUGUGUGUGGAUGGAGAAAAGGGGAUACUGUAUGCAGCCACAAGAGAUGGUUGGAUCAAAAGGCUACACAUGAAAAAUGGAACAUGGGAGAAUUGGAAGAUGAUUGGGGGUCGCACUUUGCUUGGAAUCACAACAACGGCAGCUGGUGAUCUCCUAGUCUGUGACACUGAAAAGGGGUUGAUUAAAAUUGGCGAAGAUGGUAUGACUAUUCUUGCCUCUCACGCGGAUGGCUCCAAAAUAAGUUUUGCGGAUGAUGUGGUGGAGGCAUCAGACGGUAGCGUAUACUUCAGCGACGCCAGCACCAAAUUUGGGCUUAACGAGUGGUACCUUGACGUACUGGAGGCAAAGCCCCACGGCCGGCUUCUCAUGUACCACCCAUCAUCAAACCACACAUCUGUGCUGCUCCCUGAUCUUUGCUUCCCAAACGGCGUCGCACUCUCAAGGAAUCAAGAUUUUCUGGUGGUCUGCGAAACAUGGAAAUUCAGGUGCCUGAGAUAUUGGCUGAAGGGGGAGAGAAAAGGGAAAACAGAAAUCUUUAUUGACAACCUUCCCGGCUCACCUGAUAACAUUAAUCUAGCCCCAGAUGGAACAUUUUGGAUUGCCCUCUUACAGUUCACUUCCAAGGGGCUGGAGUUCGUGCACACAUCCAGGGCUGCUAAACACUUUCUAGCAGCAUUCCCAGGACUGAUGAAGCUCGUCAUUGGCGUGGGCAAAGGGGCGACGGUGGUGAACGUGGCGGCGGAUGGCCAGAGUAUUAUAAGAAAGUUCGACGAUCCCAGUGGAAGCGUGAUGUCGUUUGUGACAUCAGCAGUAGAGUUCGAGGACCAUCUUUACUUGGGAAGUCUGAACUCCACCUUCAUUGGCAAACUCCCUUUGGAAAAUAUUGUAUAAAAAAGUGAAGUGGGAAGCUCCGUGCCUUCAAUAUUGAAUUUAAAUUCUUCAGGUGGAAUAUGGAUGGAAGUAUUGACUUUGUGAUCGAAGAGUCGUCAAGUUUUGAAACAACAAACAUCAAGUGUAUUAAUUGAUUUAUAAUCAAAAGGGGUAUGAAUACAUUUGUACCAUUGCCGCGA